CAUGAAGGUCUUUUAUAAACAUUGCUUCAGCUUUCAUGACUGUGGAAAAAACAAGCUUCUUCAGAAGGCACUCAUCUUUAUGGAUCAACCCAGCAUCAACGACUACAAGCAGGCCUUCUUACAUGGAAAAUCUAUUUCUGAGGUGUCCCAUCUCGUGCCUGAAGUGGUGGAGACCAUUAAGAAUUCAGUAGAAAGACUCGUCAAAGAAGCUGAAGCAAAAACUGUUGUGGUUUCUGGAAUUGUACCCAUGGGCUGCUUUCCGGGUUAUCGGACUCUGUUUACUGAGGGCGAUUCAAUUGACAAAAGCAGAUGCCACAAGGGACUGAAUAUGUUCGCAAAGCUUCACAAUGAUCACCUUUGGCAAGCAAUUCUGGAGCUGCGUAUGAAAUACCCUGAUGUUCACAUCAUAUAUGCAGAUUACUACAAAGCGUUCAUGGACCUUCUAAAGAACCAUACCUUUCUAGGAUUCAAAAAGAAUACUUUGAUGAAGGCAUGUUGUGGCAGUGGUGAUGGUCUGUUCAACUUUGAUAUGCAAAAGAUGUGUGGAGAUGACGGAGCUGCUACAUGUUCUGAUAGGGCUUCUUAUAUACAUUGGGAUGGAUUUCAACUGACCCCUGAGGCUUUGGAGAACCUGAUUGAUACACUCUUCAGCCAUAAAGGGUUCAUAUUUCCAGAAUCCAAGUUUGGAGAAGAUACAGCAGCAUUAGAAGGGCAUCAUUCCAGGAACCAUGGAGGAGUCAAAGACAUGUCUUCUAUUGUGAGGCAUUUACUCUUCGUCUAAGAUAGUUGUUUAUGUUCAGUUACAUCUCAGUAAAUAGUAUGGGUUCAAAGAGUAGGCCCUGAGUGAUUCAUAUAUAUGUACAGGGGAAUGCCCCUCUUAGCUUCUGUAACAACUAACUAUACUUUUGAGUUUUAUCAAAUAAAUGUAUCCUGAUUUGAUUCAAAUAUUAUUCUAGAGAUGAUUUAAAUGCUUAUUAAGUACCCUGUUUAUCUUGUUGUGUUAUCUUUCAACCUUAUUCUUAAGCCAGAGAUUAACAACUAAGGGUUUGACUGUUUGUAAGAAGCUUAGAAUCAGAAAGGACUUAAAAUGGUGGAUAACUCAAAUGCCCUCUUUACCAACUCAAACUUGGAUUAUACCAAACUUGGGUGCUCAAAUAAUCUAUUGAAUCUUCUUUUACCGUUCUGGUCUACUGUUUAUCACAUGCUCCACUUCCAUACUUACCAUCAAGGUUCCAAUAAUAUCUAUCUAAGAUGACGUAAGAGACUGAACACAAUGUCACCUGCAAACUUUGCACAUAUUUUCGUUAUCAGUUCAGAUAUGCUCCACAAUCUGAGAACAUUCCCUCUCAUAAGGAGCACUUCUACUGUCCUACCAUGCUCGACGCGUAUGAUAAAUGUCACCUCCCAAUCCAGAGAAAACCUCAGUCAUGCAGGGGCAUC